GUUCGAGUGAACGUUCUCGAUGACGGUUCGGCGAGUAGUGUUGUCUGUGGUUGCGACACCGUGGGAGAGAGCCGCGCGGCGGUGUGGCGAGUGAGCGCAUACUCUCGGACAACGGCAGCGCUUGGCGAGCGAGCGAGUUGCAUCGAGACGCGAGAGACGCACAGAGGUGGUGCUGCUGCCCGUAUGUAUCUCGUUCGGUGGGUCGCCGUCGGCCAUUGUCUCUGACAUGGAAGCCCAUCAAAAUGGCAGAGGCCGUCCAGAUGUUUUUGUUCCUAUAUAAAUCGACGUACCGUCGGAAAGAAGGCCAGUGCCGUGAGGUGGUACGGGAUCAGUGCUGUGUAAUCGCGGUGCCGUGGCCGAUACUGUGGGCAGCGCUGAUCUGCUGGGUGGUGCACGUAACCGCAGCCGCCUCCUCCUCCUCGUCCUCGCUGACGACGGAUACGACCUGCGACACGGAGAGUUGCGUCAACGGUGACUGUGUCAAUGGCACCUGCGUGUGCCACGAGGGUUGGCAGGGCACUACGUGCCAAUUCUGCGGCGGAAAAGUUAGAUUAUCGGAGCCGAGCGGCCACAUCUACGACGGUAUCGGCAAUUACACGGCGGACGUGAAGUGUUCCUGGCUGAUCGAGAGCAAUCCGAACUCGACGAUCCGUAUGCACGUCGAUCAGUUCGCGACCGAAUGCGGCUGGGAUCACCUGUACAUUUACGACGGUGACAGCGUCGAGGCGCCGUUGCUCGCCGUGUUCUCCGGGCUGAUGCGCAAAGAUGGCCAUCAUAGGCGACGCGUGCCGGAAGUGAUAGCCCGUUCAGGCAGCGCGUUGCUGCACUUCUACUCGGACGUCGCGUACAACAUGAGCGGCUUCAACAUUACUUACAAAAUCAACGCCUGCCCGAGCAGGUACUCGCAUACAGACUGUUCCGGACAUGGGGUCUGCAUCGACGGUGUGUGUACAUGCGACGCCACGUGGACCGGCGAGGCCUGCGAGGUUCAAGUCUGCCCGAACAAUUGCUCGCAGAGUUACGGACAGGGCGAGUGCAACCGCGAGAGCCACCACUGCGACUGCGUCCACGGUUACAAGGGGGCGGACUGCAGCCAGAGAAGCGACAAAGGAUUUUGGGAGACCGUUACCUACACGGACUUCUCGCCGGAAGGCUCGGCUAGUCACUGUUCCAUCGUUUGGAAGGAUUCCUUGUACGUGGUCGGUGGUGAGAGUUUCCAUCGGGCGAAGAUGAUAUAUGUUUACGACUACAACGGGAACGUUUGGGAAACACCUCACGUCGAGGGGAAGGCGCCUCUGCCGCGUUAUGCCCACUCGUGCGUGCUGUUCGGCGACAAGAUAUUUAUGUACGGCGGCGUUGUGCAGAACUCGACGGUCACAAAUGAGAUCUGGGCGUUCGACGUGUCCGCGAAAGUUUGGGAGAAUGUAACCGUGCACGACAACUGCCACAACAACAGGACCAUGUGCGGCCCCUUGAAGGUAGCUGGACACACCGCAACCCUAGUGCAGAGCCACGGCAAGAAGGAGAAGAUGGUGGUGAUCUUCGGUUACUCGCCCCAAUACGGCUACCUGAACGUGGUCCAGGAGUACUAUCUGGGCAACCGUGAAUGGCAGAUCGUCGAGACAAUUGGUUUCCCCGUGAAAGGCGGUUACGGUCACACAUCCGCCUACGACUCUCUAUCCAACCUGAUCUACAUAUACGGCGGUUACGUGUCCGAGUCCCAAAGCACGCAGCUGUUGACCAGUCGAUUGUACUCCUACCAUCCAAAAUAUCGCGAAUGGACGUUGCUCACGUCAGCGCCUUCGGCUCGUUUCUUUCACACCGCCGUGUUCGUUUCCGGCGGUCUGAUGAUCGUCUUCGGCGGGAACAUGCACAACGACACGCAGCAUUCCGAUGGGACGAAGUGUUACUCGGCCGAUACGAUAGCGUACGACGUCACCUGCGACUCGUGGCACCAGUUCCCCAUGCCCAAGGAGAUGACCGAUCUGCCCAGGUACGGGCACAGCGCGACCGUGUUCGAGAAGUCGAUGUACAUUUACGGCGGUUUCGACGGGCAGAUGCUGUCCAACAUGCUCAGAUACACACCGGGGAAUUGCGAGCAUCUGACCAAUCAGAAUCAGUGCCUGAACGCCCGGACCGGCGUGAAGUGCGUCUGGGAGAAACGGGAGAACAGGUGUAUACAGAUCACCAGGAUACCGAGGCACGUGCUUCUGAACGACGAUAUGCACGACGGGAUUUACAUGAGAUGCUUGGACGACACGCCGCCACGCGGCAUGACGUCCCACAAGGAGCUGUGCAAGGUGCUCACCGACUGCGUGGCGUGCGUCCAGACGUCGUACAACUGCGUAUGGUGCGGAAAAAGUUGCUCCCACGAAAUAUGCCGGGACAAUGCGAACGCGCCGCCGACAAAGGCGAUCACGGAACUGGAACAGUGCGAUCCGCAUACCGGGAUCGAAUGCCUGCAAUUGCACACGUGUCACGCGUGCACCAGCAAUCCCCAUUGCAUCUGGUCUUGGUCGAACGGGCCGGAUCGGUGCAAGCCGCAUUCGAAGGCUCGCGAGCAGGUGACGAUUUUAAAUGGCACUAUACAAGCACAACGUUUGUCCAUCGACUCAUGUCGCAGUCCAUGCGUGGAGUACACAUCUUGCAAGAAUUGCACGGAGUCGGACUGCAUUUGGUGUCAGAACGAACGAAAAUGCGUGGACAAGAAUGCGUAUCCAGUGAGCUUUCCGUAUGGUCAGUGCCGGGAAUGGACCACGAUAGACGCUAAAUGUCGUGCUACCGAGACAGGAAAGGAAUGGUGUACAUUUUACUCGUCUUGCGCUGCGUGUCGCUCGGAUCCCGAAUGUGGAUGGUGCGACGACGGUUCCGGAACCGGAAAGGGACUCUGCCUGCCAGGCGGAGCGCGUGGUCCUAGUACGAAAAGCUUGGACACCUGUCCGUUCGAACGGUGGUACUUUACCAAAUGCCCUAUCUGCCAAUGCAACGGCCACAGCAAGUGUCUUCCAAAUAGCAGCGUAUGUAUUCAGCCCUGCGGGAAUUUGACUUACGGGUAUCACUGCGACAAAUGUAUCCCCGGCUAUUAUGGGAGUCCACUGAACGGAGCCACUUGCCAACCUUGUUUUUGUAAUAACCAAGGCACACAGUGCACCAGCGAGACGGGAAAAUGUUUCUGUACAACGAAAGGCAUCAUAGGUGAUCAUUGCGAGCGUUGCGACGUGACUAGUCUCUAUUAUGGGGAUCCCACGAACCAAGGAUCAUGCUUUUAUGACUUGGCCAUCGAUUACCAGUUUACAUUUAACCUGAGCAAGAAAGAGGAUCGCCAGUACAGAGGCAUCAAUUUCAAGAAUUCUCCACCGAAGGCCGACAUCGACGCGGAGUUCUCUAUUACCUGUUCUGUACUUGCCAAAAUGAACGUGACCAUCAAGAAGGCGAACACACCAGAAAUGGCUCUACUGAUUGGCGCGAACUGCACGACCAGCAUGUACAAGCAUCGUUUCAGCAAAGCGGACUACAGCUUCGGCAGCGAGGACAACAACACAUUGACCACAUUCUACGUCUACGUGUACGACUUUCAGCCGCCUGUGUGGAUUCAGAUCUCCUUCUCUCAGUAUUCCAAGCUGAAUCUGCAGCAGUUCUUCAUAACGUUUUGCACGUGCUUCCUCGCUCUAUUAUUCGUGGCCGCUGCCCUCUGGAAGGUUAAACAAGAGUAUGACAUGUGUAGAGGAAGACAGAGGCUCUUUGUAGAGAUGCAGCAGAUGGCGAACAGGGCGUUCAGCCAGGUCAUAGUGGAAAUCGAGAGGCGGGACGUCAGUAGCUCGGAUUCAGAGCGGAGUGAAUCCGAGCCGCCCAAUUGCCGUAAGAAUAAAAAGGAUGCCCCUAGUCCGAUCGCACUAGAGCCCUGUUGCGGGAACAGAGCCGCGGUCCUGUCGUUGCUAGUCAGACUGCCAACCGGCGGUGAACCGUAUACCCCGGCCGGUCAGAGUGCCGGUUUGGCAGUGGCGUCUGCGUUGGUUACACUGGGUAGCCCGCGAAGGCCCUCUCAGGAAUUGACCACGAAGGAGCCGAAGAAGUCUCGGAAGUCCGCCAGUCAGCAUCCAGACUCUACUUGCAUUUAGCGUUAAGAAAAAGGAGGGGUGGGAAAC